AUCUGUACCUUUGCAGGACGUGUCGAGUCCUCCAGCUCAUCCCACUAAGUUCAGGCGCAGCCAGGUGGCAGGAUGUCCAAAAAAAGAAAACCAGAUAUAAGAGACUACUUUUCAAGUAAAAUUGUGACAGAUACUAGCGAUGCAGAAGGAGAUGGAGCAGGAGAGACUGGAGGAGAUGGAGGAGGAGGUAGAGGAGGAGAGACUGGAGGAGGUAGAGGAAGAGAGACUGGAGGAAAUGGAGCAGGAGAGACUGGAGGAGAUGGAGCAGGAGAGGUUGCAGGCUCCCAGAUGGAUAAAGUCAAAGUAAAGAUGGAGGAAGAUGAUGUUCCCGUGGACGCACAUGAACAUCACACCUUCAUAGUGAAGUUCAAAAACAGUGACCCUUUGAUUAUAGAGUGUAAACAACCCAGCACGGUGUUGGAGGCCAUAAAGUCAUAUCUGGGGGAAGAAUUUAAGAAGUAUAUUAAAUGUAUUGAUGAGAAGCUCUUGAUUCAGUUGGGUAAUACUGAUACCUCACCUUUUGUUUCAACACAUUUCCCGUGUUCUUGUGUUAUGGAGGAUGUGUGUCUCAUCAUUACCACAUUUACCAGACCUGUGGAAGCAAAAGCAAAAAACCCCAAAAGGCACACAAUCCUAAAAAGAGAAGGUUAUUCCAUCUUCUUCAUCAACAAAGAAGGAGGGAAAAACACCAAUUCCAGAACAAACAAGGUUUUCCUAGAGAUGGGUCACUUUAGUAAGCUGAGUUACUUCUGUGUUUAUGGGAAGAAGGGGACGACUGUGGAGGAGGCUCUGAACCGAGACGGCCGCUUCGUCGACGGCCUCACCGACUUCAAAUUGUCGAACGAGAAACAAGAGAAAACCAUGAUCAAGUCCAUACAGACUGUCAACAAACUGCACGGCAAGAAGUUCAAGAUAUGUCUCCCAAUGAAAAAAAGAGCAAAAGCCAAAUGUGGAAAACGUAAAAACAGCACCGAGCAACUGGAGCAGCAGAAAACUGCAUCAAAGAAUCCACAAAGCAGUAAAACAAAACCAGAGUCAGAGAUGAAGAAGGGAGGGAAAGAAACAACCAAUGACAUCAUCCGUUUAGCUGCUGAGGAAGGAAUAAGUUUAGGAGAAGCAAUGAAGGAGAAACAGAGUGGGAUUGAUGUAGAGGUGAUCAAUGAACUUCUCCGUAAACAGUUUCCAGAUCUGAAACAGUGGAUGGAGAGCAGGUUCCCUGGUGAGUCUUUUCAGGAAGAACUGAAGCUGAAGAAGGAGAACUUUGGAAAGAUCCAGCAGUCUUUUAGUGAAGUUCACAGAUUGAAGGGGGUGUUGGAGCUCAGUGACUCUAUUUGUCUGUUAAAGGUCAGUGGAUCUGUUCCUUGUUCAGAAAUCGAGGAACAAAAGGUGGGAACAGGCUUUGUGCUUUUUGACAACUUUGUCUUGACGAAUAAGCACUUAUUUGGUACACAGACCGAAGAGGGAACAUCUGUAUGGUGGACAAAUGUCAGUGUAACGGCACAGUUCCACUUUGAAAAUCCUUACGAGGCGGGUCUAGAGUUUACCGCUGAGGUGUUUGGUGGCUGUGAUACACUAGAUUACGCUCUAGUUCAGCUCAGCGUUGACGACCCAAACACGACGGCCUCACUAGGACUGCUGAAGAGGUUUUGGUCAACACCAGACGAUGGUGAGGCCUGUAUUGUUGGUCAUCCAGCUGGAGGUGUGAAGAAGCUGGAUCCCAUAUGUGUCAUUAAGAAAGAUCAGCGGGAGGAGGCCAUCCGCCAGAAUUUAGCCAGGUACAAUUUUUUCGCCAUCUGCGAUGUUGAUAAAGACUUCAAAAAGGAGCCAUCCGCAGAUAUUAUCGUGACCUACAACACCUCCAUGUAUCACGGUUCCUCCGGCUCCCCAGUGUUUGAUGGUUCUGGGAGAGUUUUUGGUUUACAUAGUGGCGGCUUUCUCUUCAACGAACGAAUCCCUGGUCAUAGUUUGAUUGAGUAUUGCUAUCCUCUGCUUUACAUAUUUGAAGAGCUUGUGCGGGCCUUAAAGGUACAUGGAUCAACAAAGUUGUUGUUGAGGAUUCAGGAGGAGGCAAAGAAAAACAAAAAAUUAAAAGAAAUCCUGGCAUCUGUGUUGGGGACAAGUGGACAUGAUGUCCCGACUCGACAGAAUCAGGAGGAAGGGAACGAAGGUGAAUCCCAAGGAGAUACUCAGAGUGAUGAGGAAAUGGACACAUCUCGAUUUCCAGAACUUCCGUGAUGUAGGCGACACAUCUGAUGAUUAUUUUCUAGUUCAAAAUCCAUAAUUACUUGAUUUUUUUAAAUUUCUGUUCAGAUUCGUUAAAUGCACAACCCCGUGGAUAGUGUUUUUGUCCACUGUGUAUGUGACAAAUAUAUCAGGAAAUGUUUUUAUCUUCUACAAAAAAAUAUAAAAAAAAUAGAAAGGGUUUCAUUGAAUAGAUGUUUGUUACUUUCAUUUUUGUGCGUUGGUUACCGUUGUUAAAAAUCGUUUGUGAUGUCUUGGUACCAAAAUCAGAAAUAAUACUUUUGUCGCAAAGUUUCCUGCUCACAAAGCAGAAACUUGUUUUUAGACUUCCCUUGUGUUGGAAACCGUCUUGAAUUGUAGAUAGCAACACUUACGUCAAGAGUUUUAAAGGCCUGUUAAAGCUUUAAUACCAGAUUUGUCCACAUGGGGGCAGCACGUCACAUGAACGUGCAUGAGUCGGCCACUGGCCAAAGACAGGAGGAAGUUCAGCUCUAAGACGCAUUACUAGACGUGUCGGACCGUCCUGACUGGUGGUGGAGUGUCAUCCAGUGUUAUGCCCCCUAAACCAAAAACAUACCCAAGUGGGCUUAUUUUAUAUGACUAAAAUAAAGAAAACAUCCUAUGAAUAUAAGAAAUACGUUUUCUGUCAUUGUAUAGAGACUUUCGACCAAUAACAACAUUUUUAUGGCUUUUAACUUGUUGGCUGUGCUUUUAAUUUGAAAGAAGUUUGUCUCUUAAAACUGAUCAAUCCUGUGGAGCAAAGGUGAAAUACGGGUUUAUUCUUCUUCAUUACCUGUGUAUGGUUGGUUGUGUAUGAUGAACGUUUAUAAGGAAUUUGUGAUUAUUCGGAUGUGUUUUAGUUGUAGAAAAGCAACUUUUCCCUUUUUCUUUCAAACUACAUUAUUUAUGUUGCUUUUAAAACACUUUAUGUAACAAAAAUUGUAUGAAUUAUAUGAAAAGCGUUUAAUAAAGUUU